AUGGAAGAGCAAGCUGAAAUGGUGGGAAGGGCAUUUGUGGAUCACUACUACCAGUUAUUCGACAAUGAUCGGGCCUCUCUCUGCUCUCUCUACCAACCAACCUCCAUCCUCACAUUUGAGGGGCAAAUCAUACAAGGGGUUGAUGACAUUUCUCGUAAGCUAAAUCAGUUGCCAUUCGACCAGUGCCACCAUCUGAUUAGCACCAUUGAUUCUCAGCCAUCGGCUUUUGCUGGCGGCAUCAUUGUCUUUGUCAGUGGCAGCCUCCAACUGCAAGGAGAGGACCACCCACUAAGGUUUAGUCAGAUGUUUCACUUGAUUCCCAAACUUCAAGGAGCUUUUUUUGUGCAGAAUGACAUAUUCCGCCUCAACUAUGGUUGA